AUGGAGCACUUCGGUUGCAAAAAUAGCAGAGGACAAAAACAAAGGGAAAAGGAUGAUUCCCAGAGACUUCUGGAAAGCUUCAGCUCUGAUGAAAGAGAGCACACACUCACGAAAAGUAAAGCAGAACCCUAUAUAUCAGAGGAGGAAAUGGUGCUGGAGGAAAGUGAGUCUCCUCUGAACAGCAAUGUUACGGCAUUUGCAUUAAAGGCAAAAGUGAUCUAUCCCAUCAAUCAGAAAUUUAGGCCUUUAGCAGAUGGCUCAUCCAAUCCAUCUUUGCAUGAGAAUCCAAAGCAGGCGGUUCUACCUAAUCAGGUCAUGGAGACAUCUACAUCAGGCAGUCUGGGAUCGCUGAGCCAGGGAGACAAAGAGGACUGCAGUUCCUCCACAACAAUACAUUCCACAACAAGUGAUGACAGAUUUCAGGCUCGGGCCUUCCUCAAGGUGACCAGCUUCCCUGAAGUACUAACAUGCGAGAGUUUUGAUGUUAAGCUCUGCCUUUGCAGUCUUACUUUAAAAGAUCUCGUGGCUCUUGAAACUGAACUCAGAAAAGAAAAACAUGUGAUGGUUAUUCAGAUUCUCAAAAUAUAUGUCACAGACUUAUAUCAUAAAAAGAAGAUUACUGAUGAUUUGUUCAAGAAGAUCCUUUUAAUUCAAGAAAAUGGUUUUGAAGAAUUACAGAGACAGCUUGACUCUCGACUCCAGAAUACUGAGAUGUCAGGAGCCCAUAAUUCAGAGUACCAGACUUUAGAAGACUUAGAAAGGAAAGAAAGGGAAUAUUCUGAACACAUAAUAGAUAAUAUGGAAACUUUCUGGAAACAGACUGACAAAGCCCAGCAGGCUUUUUUGGAUGAAUCGAAAUGCUCAAGUGCCAAAGCAGCAAAGAUAAUGGUGGAUCUGACGGAGAAGAUGAUUGUAGUAGAAGGCUUAUUAAGUGAAUCUCAAGAUUUGCAGGCAAUGGACAUUCAGGAAAGGUUAUUCAACUGGGAGCUUACAGUGAAAAUGAUUGAUUCACUGAAGUCCUAUAUACCAGAAGAAUGUAAGUGUAGAUUAAAUAUUAUAUCCAAUAUUCUGGACCAUUUAACUGUAAAGAAUAAUCUCUCAGUCCGACAAAAGGAAGAACUUUUAACGGAUCUGCACAAGUCCUUUUGGGAGCAGUUGGCACAUUUCAGUAAUGAAUGUAUCCAGCAAAGCAAAGACCUGGUCUUGAAACGACUGGAGAGUUGUGCAAAGAAGAAAGAAGAGUUCAAACACAGACAGCAAGCUGAACAAGGCAGUCUCCUUAGUAAAACUUUUCAUAAUGAAGAUGUUCACGAUUUUCUUAAG